UUUACUGUAAAGCAGAAAUUAUCUUCCACUAUAGAAAAGGAUUUUCGGUUGUUGCAACAUUUAUUAUGAUAACUUUUUUUAUUGUUAUUAUUUCUAUUAUUGAAAAGAAAGGUAUUGAAGCUGAUAUUCAAUCGUUUUCUAUACCCCCGACCAACAAAGAAGUUCUUGAGGGACAAACUGUAGUUCUUCCCUGUCAAGUAUCUAACCUCAAAGGUGUUGUUCAGUGGAGCAAAGAUGGAACAUUAUUAGGGUUUGAUCCUGAAAUUCCUGGUUAUCCUCGCUAUUCUUUGGAGGGAGAUGCAGCAUCUGGAGCACAUAACUUGAAAAUCGAAAACGCACAAUUAGAAGACGAAGCAAGCUACGAAUGCCAGGUUGGUCCCGCUGAUGGACACGAGGCUAUUAAAGAAGUAGCUAAUCUAACUGUUUUGUUGCCCCCCACAUCCAUUAAAAUUAUAGAUAGAACAAAUGGGACGGUUGUAAAAGUGAAAAUGGCAAGCAGUUUAUCGUUAGCCUGUGAGGUUACUGGAGGAAAACCAGCACCUAAAAUUGUAUGGAGAAGGAAUUCAUAUCAGCUAUCAGAAGAAAACAUACGAAUAUCUAUCACUGAUGAGGAAGAUGGUCGCCAGAAAGUUGUAUCAACAUUGAAUUUGAAGCCAACAUCAGAUGAUCAUGGUGUUUAUUAUGCCUGCGAAAGUGAAAGCAAUUUUACGUCUAUUAUGUUAUCAGCCGGCGUCAGUUUAGACGUACAAUAUCCUCCUGGAAGACCAACUAUAGAAGGAUAUAGAGUACAUGAGAAAAUCAGAUCUGGGGAUACUGUCAGUAUCAGAUGUGUUUCUCGUGGAGGUAAUCCCUUGGCUUGGCUGGUAUGGACUAGAAAUGGGGAUUUUGUAGAUCAUUCAUACAUGACUUUAGAUGGUGAGGCUGUCAACGAGAUUACAUUUACAGCUUCACCAACAGACGACAAAGCUCUUUAUUUAUGCAAAGCUUCUAGCUCAAUGACACCAGUACCAAUGGAAAAAUCUAUAACAUUAAAAGUACUCUACGCUCCGUCAUCUAUCACUAUUGAAGUUCCAAAAGAAGCAAAGCCUGGCGAUGUCAUCAGUGCAACUUGCAAGACUGGAAGGAGCAAUCCCGCUGCAGAAGUCACGUGGGUCGUAGAUGGAGUCCCAUUUAUUGGUGAGAACAUCAUAGAAGAAGAUGAAAAUGGUGGAUGGACUUCAACUUCCAUGCUGAACGUUAACGUCACCAAACAGGAUCGCAGUGCUAAACUCUUUACUUGCUACGCAGUGAAUCAAGAACUAGGCGAAACGAAGCUUCAAACAUUAGCUGUGAGCAUUUUGUAUGCACCCGAUCCACCAUCCAUUUUUGGAUAUUCCGAGGGGACUCCCAUAGCAGCUGGUAAACUGCAGCGUCUUACUUGUGUUUCACAUGGUGGAAAUCCACUUCCCGAUCUGAAGUGGUACAAAGGAGAAGAAGAAAUAAAGCAAACAACUAGGCAAAUAACAAGUGGAAACAUAAUUUCACGAGAGCUGCUCAUUGUCGUCUCUGCUUCUGAUUACGGUGCUCGUUAUCAAUGUAAAUCUAAAAGUAAAGCCCUGUCUGAACCUCUUGUAUCUAGCAUCACUCUGGCUGUGUUUUUUCCUCCAUCUAAUGUCACCAUCAAAGUAAGACCGAAGAAAAUAAAAACCGGCUCUGAGAUUAAAUUGUACUGCCAAUCAACUCUGAGUAACCCAGCUGCCAACAUUACAUGGUGGAAGGGGCGAAAAAAUGAUGUGCAACUUGUUUCCAUUUCUGAAUCCGUCACCCCCUCUAAGGAUGGGGGAGGUUACAUCUCAAAAGCUAGUGUCUCUUUAAAUGUGACAACAAGUGAUGAUGGUUCAUUAUACACAUGCCAGGCAGAAAAUCUAGCUAUUCAACAAAGUGUUCAUGAUACGAUAAUCCUUUCUGUAUUAUACAGACCUACAUUCACAAAAUCUGACCCAGCUAUAGUUGAAGUGAAAGAAAAUGACUCUACUAUUGUUGAUGUCACUGCGAAGGCGAAUCCGAGUAACGUUACGUACAAAUGGACAAGAAAGGGAGAAAUCAUUCAAGAAGGUCCCAUUCUCAAUAUCACAACAGCUGAAAGAUCUCAAUCUGGAGAAUAUAUAUGUCAAGCCUCUAAUGAAAUAGGAGAAGCCACGUUGACCGUUGUUUUGAAGGUCCUAUAUCCUGCUACGCUUAUUAUAUCAGAGAAUGAAAAAGUGAGCAAUAUCAUUGUUGCAGAGCCGGAGUCCAAUGUGAAACUACAAUGCAUGGCUGAUGGCUAUCCAUUGCCAGAUGACGUCAUUAAGUGGGAAAGACCUGAUUUUAAAAUGGACGAAAAAACUGAGAUACUCUUUAAAGGAAAUGGAAAAUCCAUAAUUGGAAUCAAGAAUGUCACUCGCGAAAUUACUGGUGAAUUCACUUGCACCGCUAAUAAUGGAAUCGGUUCUCCAAGUUCCAGAAAAAUAUUUCUUAUGGUGAAACAUGAACCAAUUAUCCAAAAAGAAGUUAAUAGUACCAUCUUCAGCAAUCGUGGAAUCACUGUCGAACUGUAUUGUACUGCUGGAGGAGUACCGAACAUUAACUUUACCUGGUCUCUCGAAGGAGUCAUCAUCACACCAAGCAAAAAACGCAUGAAAAGUGAAAUCUUUCAAUUGGAUCACAUUACUUGGCAAGGUGUUCUCACCAUAGACGAUGUGGUUGCCGAAGACUUCGGUGAAUAUAAAUGCAUAGCUAGAAAUGAAAUUGGAUUCGACACUUAUGAAAUAAGCUUAUUACCGGACAGUGCUCCUGAUCCUCCUGUUCUGAUACGAAUUUUAAAUACCACAAAUGAUGCCAUUCAUUUGAGGUGGGUUCCAGGAUUUGAUGGUGGACACAAUCAAACUUACCGAAUACGCUAUAAAACAAUAUUUGAUCCAUCCUUCACUUACAUCGAUGUCCAUCCACCUGAAUCCAACUAUUUGUGGCUAAAAGAUUUGAAAUCUGAGAUGGAAUACGAAUUGGCAAUCAUGUCUAUAAAUAAAAAAGGAAACAGUCCUUACACUGAUAAACUGAUGAAAACCAAAACUUUAGUUACAGGUUUGUCAACAGAAAAACCACAAUUGGAAGAAGUGCCUAGUGGUUUAAACUAUUUUUUAAUUGAAGUUUUAGGCAGUGCCGUUGGAGCGGUUUUCUUAAUUCUUUUCCUCUUCAACAUAGUGCUACUUUCUUUAUACUAUCAUAAGAAGAAGCCAAGAUUGAAAAAAGCUUAUUCAGGUAGUGAUUUAUCGAGUUCUACAGGGAGAAUUUCUUCAUCACAAAUAAAUUCUGAAGAGACUACCUUCACCGAUGAAAGUUAUGAGAAAACAAUUGAUAGAACUUCUACUUAUGAUUCAGAAUCAAUAUUAUCUUCAGAAUCGGCAUCAGAAAGUACUUCAUCUACGAACGAAGAUAUGAAAGAUUACUCAUAUGAUACAUUCCGAGAACCUGUAUCUGGAGCACUGGUUUGAGAUUGAGGCUCAUGUGAAUGAAAAACUAUUGCAUCAUAUCAUUUUUUUAACAAACCAUAUGCACAUUAAUAAUUUAAAUAUAUAUUUGAAAAUUU